AUGGAUGGAUGGAGCGAAGUAGCGAAAGUACCGAUUAUUGGUACCUCCAAAAAUGGCUUCAAUGUGGUGGAAGAGCCAACAAUCACCAGUGCUAAAUUUGACACGCUUCAGAAUUUGAUUUGGUGUGGUGAUUCAAAUGGCUAUUUACAAUCAGUGACACUAGGUCAGCCAACAUCACCAUUUCAUACACAAUUGUACCCUUAUACCAAAUUCCAAGCAAAUUCCGUGCACCAGCCAAUAAUGCAGAUAUUAUCACACAAGGAUGGCAUCUUAUCAUUGCUGCGAGAUCAACUUUUAUUCAAUAAUAGACGAGGACUCCCAAAAGCUGGCUUUGAUGGGUCUUCAUUUGGUGAGAGUGGCGAGUUUACCAAUUUAAAUACAAUGGUAUUCAAUGGGAAUUCCUCAAGUGAGCUUGCCGUUGGAAGUGAUACAGGUUUAUUGAAGUUUGAUUUGAAUAAACCUACCGUGUUGGAUAAACUUGAAUUCGAUAGCAAAGUUAGUCUUCUCAAUAGCACACCAAAAUACCUCACUGUUGCAGGGGGGAAUGGAUCUCUCAAUUUGUUUGACCCUGUAUCCAAUUCAACUUUGAAAACAUUUGCAGCGCAUAACGGAGCAAUUACCGGGUUGGAUGUCAAGGGAUACUACAUUGCUACAUGUGGUUCAUCAAUCAGACCGAGGCGAAAUUUCUACAAUCAAACCUCACCUGACUACAUAGUCGAUCCAUUGGUUAAUAUUUACGAUAUCCGAACAAUGCGAGCAGUUGCACCUGUGGCAUUCCCAGCGGGGGCAUCCUCGGUUAGAUUCCAUCCUAAACUACCAAACAUUGUUAUUGUCGCAUCUCUCCAUGGUCAAAUACAUUUUAUUGACCUCUUUGACCAAACUAAUGUCCAUUUAUACCAAGCAGAUGUGGAGUCGACAAUUCCACCACAAUCACCUAAUGCUAAAACUCCCAAGCUAUGUGAUUUAAGCAUUAGUGACUCAGGGGACUUUCUUAUGUUUAAUGAUGGAAUUUCGAAUUUGCACUUGUGGUCAAUGACUAAUUCGGGCACUAUCAACAAGGACUUUGUCAAUUUCCCCCAAAGUGUUGAACGGCCAGAUAUAAUGAAUCAAAAUGAUGGGUUCAUCGGUAUUGAUGAUGCAGUCCCACUAUCUUCGGUAGGGAUGCCAUACUAUAAGGAGCUGCUUUUAUCCAACUGGCCAAUCGAUAUGAAGUUUGUAAAGGAGACGGCAAAAUUGCCCGAGCGCGUCGAUGAGGACCUUCUUACAAAGGCGGACCAAUACCCACAGCAAUUUUUGAAAUAUGAUUCACUCAAGUAUGGCACUGGAAAUGUCGUCCAGCAGUAUUACUCAUUGAACAGUGUUAAAGAUACCCAAAUCCCCAAAUUCCUCAGUGAACAAAGCGAUGAUAGGGAUUCAGACAGAUUGGCGCCCCUCGAUGAUACAUUUUUCCAAGCCGAAAGUGAUCUGAAAAUUCCUAAAUGCUAUAGUCGCUUGCAGAUCCAGUAUUCCAAAUUUGGAGUUAAAGAUUUUGACUUUGGAUACUACAAUCGGACUGAGAGUUACUGUGGGUUGGAAAAUCAUAGUGAUAAUUCGUAUAUCAAUUCAUUGUUACAGAUUUAUCGCUUCCAGUCUUUGUUUUAUAACCAGGUUGUUAAUCAAUUGAAUAACGAGUGGCUACCCAACGACGCCAAAACGAUUAUCGACGAUGAUAACCCCCAGGGAUCAUCUAUACUAAACGAAUUGGGCUACCUAUUUGACAUGAUGUACAAAGCAAGAGCACGCAAUGUCAAGACGUUGAAUUUUAGUUCAGUCAUGAAUCAUGAUAAAUAUGCCAAAGGACUAGUCAACUUGAACGAACAGAUGAAUCUAAAUGCUCACGAAGUGAGGGAGUUGAUUAUUGCAUUCAAUAAUUAUCUAUUGACUCGAUUAGACCACGAUUUUAAGCAACAGUAUUCAUCCAAUUUCAAUAUUACCGAAUUGACCUAUCAAAUUGAAAUCAAAGGCAACGGUGAUUCAUGUCCUGUAUACGAUCACCAAUCGGGAUCGCUAUUUUCAUUAGAACUUAUAACUCCACCUAGCAAUAUGUUGAACAAAAUGAGUAUUUUGGUCAACCCCCAUUCACACAAGGCCCAAAGGCAACAACAGCAACAAGAGAUCAAUGUUGCCAAUAUUCGUAAAAAUGUCAACAUCUUAACAUACUUGGACUAUUCAAUGAAUCAAUACAAAACCAUACCUUGUCAACAACACCAGCAUUCUCACCCACACACAUUAGAGAUUAGGACAGGUAUAACUAAACUUCCACCCGUGCUUGUUCUCAAUGUCAAUUUAACCAAUGAGGAGUUCAAGAUUAUCAACAAUUUAAAACUGUGGUUUGUGCCUGAGUUUUAUGCAGUCAAGUCGAGUAAUAAUUCGGGUUUCAGUUUCAAACCAACGAUGCCGGUUUCGAGCUCGUAUAAGAAAUACGAGUUUUUGGGAUACGUUUGUGAAAUUAGUCAUCAAACUGAUUUAUCAAGAACGGGCUCGCAUAACUUGGUGUCUUUUGUCAAGAUCAAUAACGAGUGGAUAUUUUUCAAUGAUUACUUGGUGACGCCAAUACCUGAGGAAGAAGUGUUUAAUUUGAGUCUACCUUGGAAAAAGCCCGUCAUUGUUAUUUACCAAGAAUCAACUAUGCCCCAGUUUGAAUACAUGAAAAACUUUACUGGCAAUGAUUCGAUAUUGUAUCGUGAUCAUUUUGCUGGUGCAAUCAGAGAAUCGUGUAAACGCGAAUACACACUUUUAACUCGACAGGAAGCUCCCGCUGUAGGGACCAUGGUUGCUAUUGAUGCUGAGUUUGUCACUAUGAAGCCCGAACAAUUAGAGAUCAGCUUGAGUGGUGCCAAGAAAUUAAUCAAGCCACGCGACUUGUCACUUGCUAGAGUUUCAGUAUUGCGCGGUGGAGACAAUAACAAUCCACUCUAUGGCCAAGCAUUCAUUGAUGAUUACAUUGUUCACACCGAGCCCAUUUACGACUACACGACAAAUUUCAGUGGUAUUGAACAGGAUGAUUUGGAUUUCUACAAGACAUCAAAGAAUUUAGUAACGUUGCAAACAUCGUAUCGCAAGUUGUGGCUUCUUCUCAACCUUGGUGUCAUAUUCAUUGGCCAUGGACUUUACACUGAUUUCCGUACCAUCAAUUUACAAGUGCCGCAACGACAAAUCCGCGAUACUGCCGAUUUGUACUACAAACCGGAUAUGAAGCGUCAAUUGAGCCUUAAGUUUUUGGCUUAUGUCAUGUUAAAGCAGGAUGUUCAAACAGGUAAUCAUGAUUCGAUUGAGGAUGCAAGAACUGCACUAUUGUUAUAUAAGCGAUACGUUGAGUUUCUGCUGAAGGGAGAGUUUGAAUCAAUGUUGAACCAUGUGUAUGCACAAGGUAACAAGUUGAGAUUUAGAGUACCUGAGAAAAUAAACGCUUAA